UUGUGGAUACGGGAGCAACCAAUAGCAUCAUCCAGCAAUCAUCACUUUCCAAAAUACAACAUCAACAAUUUUAUCCGAUACAACAUCAAUUUUUUUUGGCAAAUAAAACAUCAAUCUCUAUCAUUGGAUAUGUAACUUUGGAAAUAAAAUUUCUACAUAUUCGAACAUAUGUAACAGCAGCAGUUACGAAAACAUUAUGUUGUGAUGUUAUAUUAGGUGAAGAUUGGAUUAAAUCUUAUCAGGUAACAAUAAAUCGUUUUAAAGAUAGAAUUGAAAUUCUAGGAAAUAAAGCUGCAGUACCUCUUCGAACAUCAUUUAAAAACCAUUUAAUUCCUGUUAAACUUCAACAUUCUAUUUCCAUUCCACCACGUACAAAACAAAUUGUUGAAGCAUUUACCACUAUAUCAACAGCAACAAAAGUAUUAUUUUCACCUGAUUUAUGUCUACAAGCAAGAAAAAAAAUUUUUUUGACACAAGAAUUUAUUCGAAUACAAAACUACUUAACAAAAUUAGCUAUUACUAAUACAAAUGAUCUUCCUAUAUAUUUAUCAUGUGAUACAAAUCUAGGAUUUAUAUCUUUUUUAACACAAGCCGAUCAAGUUGUUAAUGAAGCUGAACCAGUUAUUAAAAAUUUAGAAGAAGAUAAUAACAAAAGAUUUGUUGAAAUAUUGGAUUCAUCACCAUCUGUUGUAUCAAAUGAUAAAACUUCUUGUGUUGAUCAUGAUUAUCAAUUUCAUAAACGUUAUAAAUCUAUAGCAAGUCAACUUGUACCUGAAACAUCAUUGUGUGUUAAUACAAUUAAUAAUUCAACAGAACGGACGUUAUCCAUUAUUAUUGACAUUGAAAAAACUCUCGACCAAGUGGUACAACAUAUCAUUGACUUACAAAAAAGAAUUGAAACACGACAAGUUAUACAACGAUAUCGAAAAGUUUUUGAUACGUCUUCACCAACAAUAGCACUUACAUCAAUUCAUCAUACAAUACCAACAGGUGAUCAUCCACCAAUUAACUCGGUUCCUUAUAGAGGUUCAUUACAACAACAACAAGCAUUAAAAAAAAUAAUUGUUCAACUUGAACGAUCGAAUCAAAUUCGACCAUCAUCUUCUCCAUGGUCGUCACCCGUGUUAUUGAUCAAAAAAAAAGAUGGUGAUUAUCGAUUUGUGGUAGAUUAUAGGAAACUUAAUUCGAUAACAACUAAAGAUUCAUUUCCAAUACCAACU